GUGCAACGAUCGAGCGCGCGUUUCAGUUCGUGCCUGGACGUCGAUCACGACGGUACAAACACUACACGGCACGCAAAGAGCUCCGGGAGAUCUUUCAAGCUUGGGAUUUUAGAGAACAAGGACCAGUUUUGACCCGCCGACGAGCGCAUACUACUAUCAGCAAAAGUAGUAAGAACAAGAAUGGAUUUCAACACGACCAGCAACAUAGGCGAGUCUUUGCAGCUGCAGUUCGAGCAAUUGUACACCUUUCUGGUGGAGGACUUGAGUGAUAAGCGCACGGCCCACUUGCCAUUCCUGCACAGCCCGGCCUGGCCGGUUUCGGUACUCAUCGUAUACUUCCUGCUCGUGUUCUACUGGAUACCAAAGUUCAUGCGCGACCGCAAGCCCUACGAUCUACGCAGGCUGAUGAUGGCAUACAACGUGUUCCAGGUGGCAGUAUGCUACUGCCUCAUACGGCAGCUCAUCCGACACGGAUGGACGUUCCGGUAUCUGUACACGUGCGAGCUAGUUGACUACUCAGACAGCAAGGAUGCGAUAGGGUUCCUGCACGCCAGCUACUUGAACUAUUUGGUAAAGACGGCCGAGUUGAUAGAGACAGUCUUGUUUGCGCUGCGCAAGAAGCGAAACCAGAUUUCCUUUCUGCACGUCUACCACCAUGUGUUCACAUACAUGCUGGCGUGGAUUUUCGCCAAGUACGUUGGAGGAAGUAUGCUCACUUAUACGAUCAUCGUCAACUCGUUGGUGCACAUGUGCAUGUACUCGUACUACCUAUUAGCCGUCAUACCGAAGUAUGUUCCCUUUCAGCUGAGCAAGCUAAAGCGCUACCUCACUGCUCUGCAAAUUAUACAGCUGGUGAGCAUCUUGAUGAACAUCAUGUUUGCUAUGCGAAGCACCUGUGCCGUUCCGCGAACGCACGUUCUACUCUACAUGCCUUACAUGGUGGUGCUGAUAUCGAUGUUCAUUAAUUUCUAUGUAAAGACAUACAGUAGUAAACCGAAAAAGCUCAACGUCUGCUACACUGAUGGUGCUGCUUGGGGUGUUUACAAGAAGGCCAACUGA